AUGUCUUACUCGUGGAUUGGCGCACCUGCCGAGUUCAAUGGCACCGACGAGAAUAAUGGCGGUAAUUCCGCCACCGAGAACCUCAACCAGUGGUUCCAGUCGGGUGACCAGGCCUUCAUCAUCAUUGCCUCGUGCAUGGUGCUGAUCAUGGUUCCCGGCAUUGCCUUCCUCUACUCGGGUCUUGCUCGUCGAAAGUCGGCCUUGUCCCUUAUCUGGGUAGUAAUGAUGUCGUUCAGCGUUGUUGUCUUCCAGUGGUACUUCUGGGGCUACUCCCUCGCCCUCAGCAGCACCGCUACGAACGGCUUCAUCGGAAAUCUCCACCACUUCGGCUUGAGGAAUACGCUAGGCAAGCCAUCGCCCGGUUCGCCCCUCAUCCCAGAGCUCCUGUAUUCUUUCUAUCAGAUGCAAUUCUGUGCCGUUACGGCAGCCCUCGUCGUCGGCGCCACCGCUGAGCGCGGCCGCGUCGUCCCAGCCAUGGUGUUCACUUUCUUUUGGGCAACCCUGGUAUACUGCCCUAUCGCAUGCUGGGCGUGGAAUGUCAACGGCUGGGGGUUCAAGUACGGGGUGCUGGACUAUGCCGGCGGCGGUCCAGUCGAGAUUGGGUCCGGUGUAUCAGCAUUUGCGUACUCGUGGGUGCUCGGCCGGCGCAACGAAAAGAUGAUGCUUAACUUCCGCCCGCACAAUAUCUCCCUCAUCACACUCGGCACCAUUCUCCUGUGGUUCGGUUGGUUGGGCUUCAAUGGCGGCUCAGCCUUUGGCGCCAACCUCCGUGCCGUCAUGGCGUGCUGGAACUCGUGCCUAACGGCCAUGUUCGCCGCCAUGACUUGGUGCCUUCUGGAUUACCGUCUGGCAAAAAAGUGGUCGCUUGUCGGCUGGUGCUCUGGUACCAUUUCGGGCCUCGUCGCUGCUACUCCCGCGUCGGGCUUCAUUACACCAUGGGCCAGCAUUCUUCUUGGUGUUGUUACCGGCAUCGCCUGCAAUUUUAGCACCAAGAUCAAGUUUCUGGUUGGCGUCGACGACGCCCUCGACAUUCUCGCUGAACACGGAGUGGGAGGGAUAGUCGGUCUCAUUUUUAAUGCCUUCUUCGCAGCCGACUACAUCAUUGGCUUGGACGGUGUCAACACAGGCCUCGUCAAUGGGGGUUUCCUUAACCAGAACUACCGGCAGCUUUAUGUUCAAAUUGCAUAUAUCCUCGCCGCGGUUGGUUACUCUUUCGUCAUGUCCGCCUUCAUCGCCAAGCUCAUCGAUCUCGUUCCCGGUCUGCAUCUCCGGGCCUCGUCCGAGGCCGAGCUACUCGGCAUGGACGAUGACCAGCACGGUGAAUUUGCUUACGACUAUGUUGAGGUUCGCCGUGAUUAUCUUGCCUGGACGCCUGCCGACAGGGAACAGAAGGAGGACGGUGCGGUAAUUGCUCCCCAACACGGCAUUGAGGCCCAUCAGAAUCUGAUGGAGAGCUCCCGCCAUACCGAGACGGUGACGGCGACGGCGACCCCCCCGGAGUCUGUGACUUUGCCGGAGAAACAUACAGAACAGGAAUAG